UGCCACUGAGAGCGCGCCCCCCUGCCCCGCCUCCGUACGAGCCUCCGUACUAACCCCGGCGCUGGGACUGGGUCAGGCUGGGCCAUGACGUUCCUAUCGGGCCCGCGCCUUCUGGACUGGGCCAGCUCGCCCCCACACCUGCAAUUCAACAAGUUCGUCCUGACGGGCUACCGGCCGGCCAGCAGCGGCUCGGGCUGUCUGCGCAGCCUCUUCUACCUGCACAACGAGUUAGGCAACAUCUACACUCACGGCUUGGCCCUCCUGGGUUUCCUGGUGCUGCUGCCCCUGACCAUGCCCUGGGGACAGCUGGGAGGGGGCGGCUGGCUGGGGGGAACCCACUGUGUGGCCUGCCUGGCGCCCCCUGCAGGCUCUGUGCUCUACCACCUCUUCAUGUGCCACCGUGGGGGUAGCCCUGUCUACGCCCGGCUCCUUGCCCUGGACAUGUGUGGGGUCUGCCUCGUCAACACCCUCGGGGCCCUACCCAUCAUCCAUUGUACCCUGGCGUGUAGACCUUGGCUGCGCCCAGCAGCCCUGGUGGGCUAUACUCUCUUAUCUGGGUUGGCAGGCUGGCGAGCCCUCACUGCCCCCUCAACUAGUGCCCGGCUUCGGGCCUUUGGCUGGCAGGCAGGAGCACGACUGCUGGUGUUUGGGGCUCGAGGGAUGGGGCUGGGAGCAGGAGCCCCAGGAUCUCUGCCCUGCUAUCUUCGAAUGGACGCAUUAGCGUUGCUGGGGGGGCUAGUGAACGUGGCCCGGCUGCCUGAACGCUGGGGGCCUGGUCGCUUUGACUACUGGGGUAAUUCCCAUCAAAUUAUGCAUCUGCUCAGUGUUGGCUCCAUCUUACAACUGCAUGCUGGUGUUGUACCUGAUCUGCUCUGGGCUGCCCGCCAUGCGUGUCCUAAGGACUGAGCUAUUUUUUAAUUUGCAAAAAAAAAAAUGCCCCCACACUCCUUGAAGAUGUAGAAGGUUCCUUUUUUCCUUCAAGGCCUCUCAAAAUCUAUAGCCUUGUUUUUCCCUAGGUCUUCCUUUUCAAGUCUAUAGAGCUUUCUCAUGUCGCCUAAGCAUGAGCUCUAGAGUACCAAA